UGGAAACACAGACGCAGAGAAGCUUUACACAGACUCCUGCGUCACAUGUCUGUUUGCUACAGGGAAGUGUUGCUGUGGAUGGCUGCUUUGGUUCAUUAUUUGCCAGGCAUGCAUUGUGACAUCCCAAAUUCCAGUGCAGACCCCGCCUCCCUGGCACUCAGCCAGUGGUUGUCUUCCUUUCUGGACUCAGAGGCAGCCCAGCUCAGGCCUGUCCGUGAUUGGCAGAGGAGUGUGUCAGUCAAAGUUGACCUGAGCAUCCAGAGUGUGCUUGAUGUGGAUGAGAAGAAUGAGCGGUUGCUUCUCUAUGUUCUCUACAUACAGGGAUGGGUGAAUGAGCACUUAAGGUGGGAUCCGUCAAUGUUUGGAGGAGUCCAGCAGGUUACUGUUCCAUCAGAGAGAUUGUGGAGGCCAGAUGUGAUUCUCUUUGAGAUUGCAGGGAUGGAGGAUUAUGAUAGGUCCCCUCAAGUGUCAAUCAGUCAUGAUGGGUGGGUGGAGCAAUAUCAGCCCCGCCUCCUGGAGUCCAGCUGUCCUCUCAACUUAUUCCACUUCCCCCUGGAUACACACAUCUGCAAUCUGACAUUCAUAUCACAGGCACACACAGAAGGGGAAGUGGAGUUGUACUGGGGUCCUGGCAUCUCUGGUGGACAGGGCGACGUCUCUUUCUCCAGAGGGGAGUGGGAGCUCACGUCUCUCACUGUCCACACAAACCCCCGGAGACGGAAACCGAAUAACCGUCCUUCCAUCAGCGCUCAGGUGACGGUGCGCAGACGUCCUCUUCUCUACGUGAUGAUGCUGCUGCUACCCACGUCGCUGCUGAUACUGCUGGACCUCUUGUCCUUCCUCAUCCCUGCCUACCUCAAGCAGCGCCUCAGCGUCACGGCGACCAUCUUCACUGGCCACUUCAUCUUCCUCAUCGCCAUCUUCACGCUCUUCCCGCCCUUCAGCAUCAAGCUGCCUCUCAUUGAAGUCUACCUGUUUGGCUCUCUUGGGCUGCUAGCAUGCAGCACCAUGGAAACAGCUGUGGUUUUCCAGAUAGCCAAUGGGAAGUCUGAGUGGUUCAGGAAGAACAUCUUUCCCAGCCUAUUGUUGUUGAGUGGGCGGAGUCACUGGGAGACGAUGAUAGAGCCAGAAAGGGGGCGUUCAACAGGGGGGGCUGUUGAUUCCGUGUCUACCUGUCAUCAUGGAUCCCCGGGGCCUGCAGUCCAACUGCUGAGGGACCUGGUCCGGAUCCGCCAGGACCUGCUCCAGAUCCGACGAGAGCAGACGCUGCUGGACUUGUACAGAGAAGUGGGCUGCAGUGUGGACCGUGGCUACCUCUACCUGCACUGCCUGGUGCUCCUGCUAGGGGGCGCUGCACUGCUGAGAGAGUGGGAUAAGCACGUGUAGCAAACCAACCGCCCACCACUACAGCAGACAGAUGUCCAAUAGGUUCUGCAUACCGUAUGCCUAGUUAUCAGAAAAGUUUUACAUCUCUUUACUGUCGGAAUGGACACAAGCAUGCUUAAAAAUUGUGCCUGCUGGUAGUUUCUGCACCUAUACUGCAGUCAGAGAACACCAAGUUCUGAUAUCUGUAUCUGAAGAACUGUGGGCCUGUUGGCCAUGAAUAACUAUGAUGGAUGUAUAGAUAGAUAAUUUUCCUGUAUUUUUUAAAAAAGCUUUGGGCCUAUUGGCCACGAAGGACUACCACAACUGUGGUAAAUGUAAAUAAGGUUUCAGCAACCAUUUUUAUUCUUUAAGAGCUGCACUAUAAAAACCUUAAAGCCACAAAGGGCUUGUGUACUGUACCUGGACCUGAUAGAUGUCAGCAUUGUGUUUAACUGGAGGCAGACUACAAGAGACCAUAGACAUCCUUAUGUUGACGAACCACAGCUAAGCAACUUGUCUGGUACUGCUACACUCUCUAUUGAAUAUUGAUAGAAGCUAAUUUUAUAUAUAAUUUAAUAAUAUUACUCAAAAGUUUUGUAAUCUGUGUUAAGACCAUAUUCACCGAUUAAAACACACAAUCCCUUCUUACAAAAAUGUAUAUAUCUUGCCAUGCCGAUGCUUAACAAAUCUUCAGUUCACAAUGAGGAUCAUCCAGUCAUCUCCUACAUGGAUGGAAUCAUAUUCAUGGCAUAUCAUUCAAAUAAGCACUCAUAAGCAAAGUACUAACUUUUCACUGUUGUUUUAUUGAUUUUUUUUUUAAACGGAUAUUUAUCAUUGAGUGGCAUGCAUUUCUGACUUGUAAGCGAUAGAGAAAACUUAAAGAUUAUCAAUUCCCCUCUUAACUAGAUGUACUGCAGAGUGGUACAAAAUAUGACCGCCGCCCAGUCCAGCACAUUUUUCCCACAAAAAUA